CCCUCUCCCCAGGUCUGUGCCAAGCUCUCCCCAGGUAUCGAAGGCGUAAAGAUCUCGGGAUGUCAAAGCGAAGUUGGAGCCAGGAGCGAAUUAACCAACUUUCGGUUUCAGGGUGCCUUGAGUGGGUUUGAGAAAGGUCACAAUGGAGGCUGACGAAGCGGUUAACGAAAACCUUAAAAUGCAGUUUAAGGCUCUCCAGGAGCAGCAGCAGAAAAGGAUGAAAAAUCUGUUGGAGAAGAAAAAGGAAAAUCAACACAGCCUAAAACAGGACAACAAAGAGAACCACGACAAGGCCUUCGGGAUCCCAGAUGCUCUCAGCUUAUCGCUCUUGGCACCCGAGACAUCCGACUCAGACAUUGGGACGAAAUUGCUGGAAACCGAAAACGAGCAGCUGCAGCACCAACUCCGGGAGCUGGUGGAUGAGAACGGCCGGCUGUACAAACUCUUGAAAGAAAGAGAUUUGGAAAUAAAGCAGCUUCAUAAGAAGAUUGAGGAGGAACGGCAGGCUCUCCUGGGGACCGCUGGUUUAGCAGGGGAUGUUGCAGCUUCUAAAAUAGUGGAACUGGCCAAACAGAACCGGCACAUGACAGCUGAGAUGGAAAAGGAGAAAACCAGAACAAAGCAGAUGAACAACCGGAUCAAACAGCUGGAAAAAGAUCUACAGAUGUCAAACAUUAAGUUGCACUCCCAUGGUGACAGCCCAGCUCUCCGUAGAAAGUCAGACACCACUAUG